CAGCAACAGGGAGAAGUUGAGGGAUGGAGGACGUGGUGAUUGCAGGCAUAGCAGGAAGGCUGCCAGAAUCGGAGAACUUGCAAGAAUUCUGGGAGAACCUGAUCAAUGGAGUUGAUAUGGUCACAGAAGAUGAUCGGAGGUGGAAACCAGGAAUUUAUGGACUGCCCAAGAGAAAUGGAAAGCUCAAGGACAUAAGCAAAUUUGAUGCUUCCUUUUUUGCGAUCCACCCCAAACAAGCUCACACCAUGGACCCUCAAAUGCGCCUGCUGUUGGAAGUUUCCUAUGAAGCUAUUUUGGAUGGAGGUAUUAAUCCAGCCACCCUCCGUGGCACAGACACGGGCGUAUGGAUUGGUAACAGUGGGUCAGAAACUGGUGAAGCCCUUAGUCAAGAUCCAGAUGAGAUUUUGGGAUACAGUAUGACUGGCUGCCAGCGUGCUAUGUUUGCCAACAGGAUUUCCUACUUUUAUGACUUAAAAGGACCAAGCAUGACUAUUGACACGGCCUGCUCCUCUAGUCUUGUUGCUCUGGAAAAUGCUUAUCAGGCUAUUUGUCAUGGACAGUGCAGUGCAGCCUUGGUAGGAGGUGUCAACCUUCUGCUGAAACCUGGCACUUCUGUGCAGUUCAUGAAACUGGGGAUGCUUAGUCCUGCUGGUGCUUGCAAGGCUUUUGAUGCUUCAGGGGAUGGAUAUUGUCGCUCUGAAGCUGCUGUCGUUGUUCUUUUGACAAAGAGAUCUAUGGCUAAGAGGAUCUAUGCCACAAUAGUUGGUGCUGCAAGUAACACCGAUGGCUUCAAGGAGCAAGGUGUUACAUUCCCAUCUGGAGAUAUGCAGCGUCGGCUGGUCAGCUCUCUGUACAGAGAAUGCGGUAUCAGUCCUGGAGAAGUGGAGUUUGUUGAAGCUCAUGGGACAGGCACCAAGGUUGGAGAUCCAGAGGAAGUAAAUGGCAUUGUAAAUGUCUUCUGUCAAAGUGAGAGAGAGCCACUGUUGAUUGGAUCAGUCAAGUCAAACAUGGGUCAUUCAGAGUCUGCCUCUGGGCUUGCUGGAUUAGCCAAGGUCAUUCUCUCUCUGGAACAUGGGCUGUGGGCUCCAAAUCUUCAUUUCAAUACCCCAAAUCCAGAUAUUCCUGCCUUACAAGAUGGCUCUUUGGAGGUAGUUUGUAAGCCAACGCCAGUGAAAGGUGGCCUUGUCAGUAUCAACUCCUUUGGCUUUGGGGGUGCUAAUGCUCAUGUCAUUCUGAGGCCAAAUGAUAACAAAUGCCAGACUCCGAAGACUUGUAACGUGCCAAGACUGGUUCAGAUUUGUGGCAGAACCCAGGAAGCUGUGGAAGUACUGAUCCAAGAGAGCAGAAAACAUGGAGGAUGCAGCCCGUUUGUAAGCCUGCUCAAUGAUAUCGCCGCACUUCCCGUGUCCUCCAUGCCCUACCGCGGCUACACGCUCGUUGGCACUGAGGGUGACCUAAAAGGAUCUGGCAGACCCCUCUGGUACAUCUGCUCAGGUAUGGGAACACAGUGGAAAAAUAUGGGCCUGAGCCUUAUGAGGCUGGAUUUGUUCCGCCAGUCUAUAUUGCGCUCAGAUGAGGCUUUGAAGAGCACAGGCCUGAAGGUCUCAGACCUGCUUCUGCAAGCAGAUGAGAACACUUUUGAUGACAUUGUCCAUGCAUUCGUUGGAUUAGCUGCAAUCCAGAUUGCCCAGAUUGAUAUGCUGAAGGCUGCAGGUCUGCAACCUGAUGGGAUUUUGGGCCACUCAGUGGGAGAAGUAGUUUGUGGCUAUGCAGAUAAUUCUUUAAGUCAUGAAGAAGCCAUUCUUGCUGCUUAUUGGCGGGGACAAUGUGUUAAAGAGGCCAAACUGCCCCCAGGAGGAAUGGCUGCUGUGGGUCUGACGUGGGAGGAAUGUAAGCAGCGCUGUCCUCCAAACGUGGUGCCAGCCUGUCACAAUUCUGAGGACACUGUCACUGUUUCGGGGCCUCUGGACUCUGUGAAUGAAUUUGUAGCCAAACUGAAAAAGGAUGGUGUGUUUGCAAAGGAGGUGCGCAGUGCUGGAGUUGCAUUUCAUUCCUACUACAUGGCAUCUAUUGGACCAGUGCUGCUCAGUGCCCUGAAAAAGGUUAUUCCACACCCUAAACCUCGUUCGGCACGAUGGAUUAGUACCUCAAUCCCUGAAUCUCAGUGGCAGAGUGAACUAGCUAGGAAUUCUUCUGCAGAAUAUUAUGUGAACAACCUGGUGAACCCAGUGCUGUUCCGUGAAGGUCUAAUGCAUAUUCCAGAGAACGCUGUUGUAGUAGAGAUUGCUCCACAUGCUCUCUUACAGGCUAUCUUGAGGAGAACUUUGAAACCAACUUGCACCAUUCUACCUUUGAUGAAGAAAGAGCAGAAAAAUAAUUUGGAGUUCUUCCUAACACAGAUUGGAAAGAUUCAUUUAACUGGGUUAAAUGUUCUUGGAAAUAACUUGUUCCCAGCUGUGGAAUACCCUGUCCCAGUGGGAACACCCCUUAUUUCUCCAUACAUCAAAUGGGACCACAGCCAGGAAUGGGAUGUUAAAAAAGGUGAAGACUUUGCAGCAGGUUCCAAAGGCUCUGCAGCUGCUUCAGUCUACAACAUCGAUGUAAGUCCUGGCUCUCCUGACCAUUACUUAGUUGGUCAUUGCAUUGAUGGCAGAGUCCUGUACCCAGCAACUGGGUACCUGGUACUGGCUUGGCAAACUCUGGCACGGUCUCUUGGGGUGGUCAUGGAGCAAAUGGCUGUUAUGUUUGAAGAAGUCACAAUUCAUCAGGCAACUAUCCUUCCCAAAACAGGAUCAGUGAAGCUGGAAGUAAGACUCAUGCCUGCUUCCCGCUGCUUUGAGGUGUCAGGGAAUGGGAAUCUGGCUGUGAGUGGGAAGAUCUCCGUCCUAGAAAACACUGCUCUGAAGAAUUUGCACAGCCAGCCAGUUGACUUUCAGGCUGAAGAAGAUGUGAGCCCAAAGUCUGGCCUCUUGAAAGAAGACAUUUACCAAGAGCUGCAUCUGCGUGGAUAUAAUUAUGGACCAACUUUUCAGGGCCUUCUGGAAUGCAGCAGUGAAGGAAGCACAGGGAAAGUUCUGUGGAAUGGGAACUGGGUGACCUUCCUGGACACCCUGCUCCACGUGAUAAUCCUGGGGGAGGCGGAGCGCAGCCUGCGCCUGCCGACGCGGAUCCGCGGGGUGUGGAUCGACCCCGUGCUGCACCAGCAGCGCCUGUGCCGCCGGGACGGCCUGCAGGCUGUUGAUGUUGUUCUAGACCGCUGUCUAAACAGUGUUAAAGCAGGAGGUGUUCAGAUCAGUGGUCUUCAUGCCUCUGUGGCACCACGACGACAACAGGAACGGAUCCCUCCCACCCUGGAAAAAUUCUGCUUUGUGCCCUAUACUGAGACUGACUGUUUGUCUUCCAGUGUGCAUCUUCAUGUCUAUCUGGAGCACUGCAAAGAACUGAUGGAGAACUUACAGGCUAAGGUGGCAGUGCAUGGGGUCAAAUUAAACAUCCCUGGACUAGAAAAUGCAGUGGCUGCCACAGAGUCCUUACCCGUACAGAAGGGCCUUCAGCACAUCCUUGCUGAAGUGUGCAAUCUGGAACUGAAUGGAAACUUCUAUUCUGAGCUGGAACAGAUUGUGACUCGAGAGAAGAUGCACUUCCAUGAGGACCCUCUUCUCAAUGGGUUGCUAGAUUCUUCAGAGUUGAAGACUUGCCUGGAUGUGGCACUGGAGAACAUGAUCAGUCACAGGAUGAAGAUAGUAGAGGCUCUUGCAGGAAGUGGACGUCUGUUCUCUCGUGUCAGAAGCACUCUGAACACUCAGCCCCUGUUGCAGGUGGAAUACAUUGCCACUGACAGCGUUCUGAAAGCUCUUGCAGCUAAUGAAACAGAGCUACAAGAUGCUGGGGUUUCCUCUGGCCAGUGGGAUCCAUCUAGCCUUCCCUCUGGAAAUCUGACCAAUGCAGACCUGGUGGUAUACAACUGUUCAACAAGUGUUCUAGUGAAUAACACGGAAAUUCUCCCUAAUUUGGCAGCUGCAGUGAAAGAAGGAGGGUUUGUUUUGCUACACACUCUUAUUAAAGGAGAAACUCUCUCAGAAAUUGUCAGUUUCCUUACAAGUCCAGAUCUCCAGAAGAAACGUGGCUUCCUGAGUGAGGCACAGUGGCAGGCCUUAUUCAGCAAAGCCUCACUGAGUCUGGUUGCCAUGAAGAAAUCGUUCUUUGGCUCAGUUAUCUUCCUGUGUCGCAGGCAAGCCCCUGCCAAAACACCCAUUUUUAUGCCGAUAGACGAGACCCAUUUUAAGUGGGUUGAAUCCUUGAAGGAGGUCUUGGCUGACCAAUCGGAGCAGCCUGUGUGGUUGACUGCCACCAGUUGUGCAAACUCAGGAAUUUUGGGAAUGGUGAACUGCCUCCGCCUGGAAGCAGAAGGCCACAGAAUCAGGUGUGUGUUCAUUUCCAACCUGAACCCUUCAUCAGCUGUCCCACCCACAAGUCUUUCUUCCCUGGAGAUGCAGAAGAUUGUUCAGAGCGACCUGGUGAUGAAUGUGUAUCGUGAUGGAAAGUGGGGCUCCUUCAGGCAUCUCCCAUUGCAGCAAGCCCAGCCCGAGGAGCUGACGGAGUACGCCUACGUGAACGCGCUGACGCGCGGGGACCUCUCCUCCCUGCGCUGGCUCGCGUCCCCCCUGCGGCACUUCCGCGCCUCGCCCGGCCUGCAGCUCUGCAGGGUCUGCUACGCCUCCCUCAACUUCAGGGACAUCAUGCUGGCCACGGGAAAGCUCUCCCCGGACGCCAUCCCCGGUAACUGGGUGUCACAGCAGUGCAUGCUGGGCAUGGAGUUCUCUGGACGAGACCUGGCUGGAAGAAGGGUGAUGGGACUGCUACCAGCCAAGGGUCUGGCUACAGUUGUAGACUGUCACAAGAGGUUUCUAUGGGAGGUGCCUGAAAACUGGACCCUGGAAGAGGCGGCGUCGGUGCCUGUGGUCUACGCCACUGCGUACUACGCGCUGGUGGUGCGAGGGGGUAUCAGGAGGGGCGAGAGCAUCCUCGUGCACUCUGGCUCAGGAGGUGUGGGCCAGGCAGCCAUUGCCAUUGCCCUGAGCAUGGGCUGCAGAGUCUUUGCUACUGUGGGUUCCACUGAGAAACGUGAAUAUCUCCAAGCAAGGUUCCCACAGCUGGAUGCUAACAGCUUUGCCAGCUCCCGAAGUACUGCCUUUGAGGAACACGUUCUGCGAGUUACCAACGGAAAAGGUGUCGACCUUGUGUUAAACUCCUUGGCAGAGGAGAAGCUCCAAGCCAGUUUGCGCUGUCUUGCUCGACACGGACGCUUCUUGGAAAUAGGCAAAUUUGAUUUGUCUAACAACAGUCAGCUUGGAAUGUCUCUCUUCCUCAAGAACGUGGCAUUUCAUGGGAUACUGCUAGAUGCAGUCUUUGAGGACGGGAACAAAGAGUGGGAAGUAGUAUCAGAGUUGUUGAAGAAAGGCAUAAAAGAUGGUGUAGUAAAGCCUCUGAGGACUACAGUCUUCAACAAAGAUGAGGUAGAAGCUGCCUUCAGGUUCAUGGCCCAAGGAAAACACAUUGGCAAAGUUAUGAUCAAGGUCCAAGAAGAGGAAAAGGAAUCUCCUUUGAGAAGGUCUGAACCAGUUAAGAUCUCUGCCAUCUCCCAAACCUCCUGUCCACCUACCAAGUCCUACAUCAUCACAGGGGGCCUAGGAGGAUUUGGGCUUGAGCUGGCACAGUGGCUAGUUGAGAGAGGAGCAAAGAAGCUUAUACUGACAUCUCGUUCUGGCAUACGAACUGGUUACCAGGCUAAACGUGUUAGAGAGUGGAAGGCACUGGGAAUUGAAGUGCUGGUAUCUACCAGUGAUAUUGGAACACUAGAAGGAACACAGCUGUUGAUAGAAGAAGCUUUGCGGCUUGGCCCAGUUGGAGGCAUCUUUAAUUUGGCUGUGGUCCUUAGAGAUGGCAUGAUUGAAAAUCAGACCACAGAAUCCUUCUGGGAGGUCAACAAGCCCAAGUAUUCAGGCACCCUUCAUUUGGAUUGGGUGACCCGUAAGAAGUGUCCAGAUCUGGACUAUUUUGUUGUGUUCUCCUCUGUAAGCUGUGGAAGAGGAAAUGCUGGGCAAAGUAAUUAUGGCUUUGCCAAUUCUACCAUGGAGCGCAUCUGUGAGCAGCGACACCAUGAUGGACUCCCAGGCCUGGCAAUUCAGUGGGGAGCCAUUGGUGAUGUUGGCAUCCUUUUGAAGACAAUGGGAAACAGAGAAACUGUGGUUGGGGGAACUAUCCCCCAGCAAAUCAGCUCAUGCAUGGAGGUGCUCGAUAUAUUCCUGAAUCAACCCCAUCCUGUUAUGUCCAGUUUUGUCCUGGCAGAGAAGAUCUCUGCAAAAACUGAAGGAAGCAGCCAACGGGAUCUUGUAGAAGCUGUUGCUCACAUCCUGGGUGUCCGUGACGUGAGUAGUCUGAAUGCUGAGAGUACCUUGUCAGACUUGGGCUUGGAUUCCUUGAUGGGCGUGGAGGUGCGCCAGACACUGGAGAGGGACUAUGACAUCGUGUUGACCAUGAGAGAAAUUCGACUCCUCACCAUCAACAAGCUGCGGGAACUUUCCUCCAAGUCCAGGACAGCAGAGGAGCUGAAGCCAUCCCAACUGAUGAGGACAGGCUCAGGUGAACUUCCAAAACUAAAUUUGAACAACUUGUUGGUGAACCCGGAAGGGCCAACGAUCACCCGCCUCAAUGAUGUUCAGAGCACAGAGCGCCCACUUUUCCUGGUCCAUCCCAUCGAAGGAUCCACUGCAAUUUUCUGCACUCUUGCCUCCAGACUUCAUAUGCCCUGCUAUGGUUUCCAGUGCACAAAAGCGGCUCCCCUGGACAGCAUCCAGAGCCUGGCAGCCUAUUACAUCAGCUGCAUGAAGCAGGUACAGCCCGAAGGACCUUACCGCAUUGCUGGCUACUCCUUUGGUGCCUGUGUAGCCUUUGAAAUGUGCUCCCAACUGCAAGCACAACAAAACGCCUCCCACGCACUCAACAGUCUCUUCCUCUUUGAUGGGUCUCAUUCCUUUGUGGCAGCAUACACUCAGAGCUAUAGAGCCAAACUGGCACAAGGAAAUGAGGCUGCAUUGGAGACUGAAGCAUUGGGUGUCUUUAUUCAGCAAUUUAUAUCCAUUGAAUACAGUAAGCUGCUGGAGGUUCUUCUGCCCCUGAAAGAUCUGGAGGCUCGUGUGAAAGCUGCUACAGACCUGAUAACUCGGAUUCACACAAACAUCAAUCAUGAAGCACUCAGCUUUGCUGCUACUUCCUUUUACUAUAAGCUGAAGGCUGCUGAUAAAUACAUACCAGAGUCCAAAUACCAUGGGAAUGUGACGCUGAUGCGGACACAGUCUAACAACGACUAUGAAGAUGGUCUGGGUGAAGACUACAGACUCUCAGAGGUAUGUGAUGGGAAAGUGUCUGUCCACGUCAUUGAAGGGGAUCACCACACCUUACUGGAGGGAGAGGGCGUCCAGUCAAUUCUUGGGAUCAUCCACAGCUCACUAGCAGAGCCACGUGUCGGUGUCAGAGAGGGUUAA